CAUGAACCUUCUCCUUCUAGAUCACUUCUGUGGACCUAGUAAUGGGCAAUGAGACAGGAAGAUGUGUUGUUUUGAAUUGGCAGGGUGGGGGAGGAGAUGCUGCUUCCUCCCAAGAAGCCUUGCAGGCCUCACGGUCUUUCAAAAGGCGACCAAAACUCCCCAGCAACGAGGUGCACUGGGAUAGCAUCAUGAUUCAGGCAAGCACUAUGAUCAUUUCCAGAGUUCCAAACAUUUCUGUACAGCUGCGACAUGAGCCUCCUGCCCUGACUAAUGAAAUGUAUUGUCUGGUUGUGACUGUUCAUUCCCAUGAAAAGACCCUGAUUCGAGAUGUGAAACUCACUGCUGGUUUAAAACCUGGACAGGAUGCCAAUUUAACUCAGAAAACUCAUGUGACUCUUCAUGGAGCAGAACUGUGUGAUGAAUCCUACCCAGCCUUACUCACUGACAUUCCUGUUGGAGACUUACAUCCAGGGGAGCAGUUGGAAAAAAUGUUGUAUGUUCGCUGUGGGACAGUGGGCUCAAGAAUGUUUCUUGUGUAUGUUUCUUAUCUGAUUAAUACAACUGUUGAAGAAAAAGAAAUUGUCUGCAAGUGUCACAAGGAUGAAACUGUAACAAUAGAGACAGUCUUUCCCUUUGAUGUGGCAGUGAAAUUUGUUUCUACAAAGUUUGAGCACCUGGAGAGGGUGUAUGCUGACAUUCCCUUCCUGUUGAUGACUGACCUAUUAAGUGCCUCCCCCUGGGCCCUCACUAUUGUCUCCAGUGAACUGCAGCUUGCUCCUUCCAUGACCCCAGUGGAUCAGCUGGAAUCCCAAGUGGAUAAAGUUGUUUUACAGACAGGAGAGAGUGCUAGUGAAUGUUUCUGUCUGCGGUGCCCAUCUACUGGGAAUAUUGAAGGUGGAGUAGCGACUGGGCAUUACAUUAUCUCCUGGAAGAGGACUUCAGCUAUGGGAGACAUCCCUGUCAUCAGUACUGUCAUCACACUGCCACAUGUGCUUGUAGAACAUGUCCCCCUCCAUGUGAAUGCAGAUCUGCCAUCAUUUGGGCGUGUCAGAGAAUCAUUACCAGUGAGGUAUCACCUCCAGAAUAAGACUAAUUUGGUGCAAGACGUGGAGAUUUCUGUGGAGCCCAGUGAUGCCUUCAUGUUUUCGGGUCUUAAACAGAUUCGCUUACGUAUCCUACCUGGUACUGAACAGGAAAUGUUGUAUAAUUUCUAUCCUCUAAUGGCCGGAUACCAGCAACUGCCAUCUCUCAACAUCAACUUGCAUAGAUUUCCUAAUUUCACGAAUCAGCUGCUCAGGCGUUUCAUACCUUCCUGCAUCUUUGUAAAGCCACAGGGCCGACUCCUGGAUGAUACCUCAAUUGCUGCAGCAUGAUGUUUCAGACUGGCCCUUGGCUGUGCAUUUGGAGAAGCAGUACAGAACUCUGUGUGAAGUUUUCACUGGGAAUUGUAGUUUUGAUCAUGGUAAAAGUUAAUCUUUUCUAUUUUUUAAUGAAUGUUAUACCAACUAUUCAGAGGAAUCCAUGCUUAAAAUAUUAGGAAAAUCUAUCCUCUCUUAUAGUUUCACAAAUAAAUAUUUGAAAUCAGUUGGUGUGAUGUGAGAGGAUGUUGGACUGUCGCUACCCUUGAAAGGCAUUUUAUGUGUAGCAGAUUAUUUUUAAAAUAGUGAUUUGCAUUAACAGUAUCAAGGACAGUGAAGCAUCCCAAUGUGAUUGGACAAGGAGAGGAAAAUACAUCAGAAUUUGCCACAGUCAAGUUCUGAAUCCUUCUGAGUCUCUUUCUGGCUACCUAACCCAGAGAUAAAUCCAGGCUCAUAAAGUCAGUGUAUUAUCUGAGUGCACAUACAAGGCAAAACUUCCAGAAGGUUCUAAUCAAAGAAACUUAAAUUGUCAAAAAAAAAAAAUUACCUUUGACUUAACUGUCAGAGCUUGUCAAAUGGACUCAGCUUGCAACCAAUAUACAGAUUGUUUCUGAAGCAGGUUUGUAUUUAUAUGUUAACAACAACUUUGUUUGAAAGGAUCUGAACUACAGUGAUCUGAUUAAAAGCAUAAUCUCCUAAACAGAAAUCUUUUGGAAAAGAUGCAAGGUUAAAAUAAGAACUCUUAGUUAUGUUGUGCAGUUUCAAGAGAACUGUUUAAAACCCUUGAACUUCAUGUAAAUAAAAAUCAUAUUGUGAAAAAUGUUCUUUGUUAAAAUACCUUAAUUUAAACUUACUUGAUUUUCUGGACAAUUUCACUACUUAAAUGUGCAGGACUUGUAAAAAUAAAUAAAUA